GCACGCACACUCGCGCGUAACGCCGAGCUAUAUUUCCCGCAGUGUAAGCGUAUAUAAUAGUCACUCACCCCUCCGCGUCAAAAGUGCACGUCAAGCGCUACUGCCGCCAUACGCACUGUCUGUUUUUAUUUUUUAUUUCUCAUUUAUAUCGGCGUACGAGCGAAAAAAAAGCCGUCGAAAUCGUUUAUCGACUUUCGUUUUACGGGAAACGCACAGCGGUCACUGCAGCAGCAGCAGCAGCCAUACAGCAGCAACCACCGACAAACUGCUCACGUCGUUGCCGUCGCACGCGAAUCGCUCGGACUAAAGUCAAAAGAACGAAUUGCGUGUCUGUCAUAUGGUUGGACAGAAGAGGCCAAGUAGAUCAUGUUCAAUAUUGAUAUGGGGUGGCUUUCUAUUGCUUUACGCCGGGCUUACCGCGAUCAUAGAUUGCACUCAGAGCAAUGGGACAAGCACGACAGUUAUUCCAUUGCCGUCCAAUGUCAACCAAUUUUCAUCCGCAGCCCCGGCGACCACGGAUGAUAUUUAUGCGUCUGGUGACGGUCAAAUAAUUUUUUCAACACAGUCUUCACUUCAAAAAGAUAAUCAAACUACGGAGAGCACUUCGGGUCUAAGUACAGCAAACACAUCAUCAAUUAUAAGCGACGAAUCUGCUGAGAAAUGCACACCACCAGCAAUAAAACAGUUCCCCAGACCUUUCAUGAGACCUUCAGUGCGACGACGAGGAGGAAUAUUAAUCCAUAUAAUUAUAUGUAUCUAUAGCUUCUUAGGAUUAGCAAUCGUAUGUGAUCACUAUUUUGUAAAGUCAUUGGAUAGAAUUUGUGAAGAACUUAAAGUAAGCCCUGAUGUUGCGGGUGCAACAUUUAUGGCGGCUGGUAGCUCCGCGCCUGAAUUGGCCACCGUUGUCAUUGGCGUAUUUCUAGCCAAAGACGAUAUAGGCGUGAGUGGAGUCAUCGGAUCAGCCGUUUUCAAUAUCAUGUUUGUCAUAGCUAUUUGUGGCUUAGCAUCCACAACUGUGACUUACCUCAACUGGUGGCCACUUUGCAGAGAUUCGUUUUUCUACACCAUAAGCAUACUCAUAAUGCUGCUAGCUAUUUAUAACGAAACUAUUUCAUGGGUUGAGAGUUCUAUGUUGCUUCUGGCGUAUGUCAUAUAUUGUGUAGCGCUGUAUUACAACUUGUAUUUGGAGGCAUGGGCCAAUACUUGGAACCUACCAUUUCCACCAAGAAAUCACGGACAAAUAAAUGAAUUAUUUGCGGAUCAACAGACAUCAGAUAUCAAAGAAGGCCAAGAACAAAUUCAAUUGACCGGUACUAAAAGUCCAACGGGUUAUGACACUACUGGAUCAACAGGAAUAGACCAACAAGAACAAAACCAACAACAACAAAAUCAACAAAUACAACAAAAUCCAGACUAUUAUAUACCUAAGGUGUAUCAUGAAGCCGAUGAGGUAAAUCCUUUGCUUAAGCCGGAAAAUGGAAACAUUUUACAUGUUAUUCAAUGGGCCGUUAUGUAUCCAAUUUAUUUUAGUUGUUAUUAUACAAUGCCGGACUGUCGGAAAGAAAUUUUUAAAAACUGGUACGGAUUAACGUUCGUCAUAUCUAUGCUAUGGAUUUCAGUGUAUUCUUAUAUAAUGGUUUGGAUGAUUACAGUUAUCGGUAAUACACUUGGGAUACCGGACACAGUCAUGGGUCUAACGUUUGUUGCAGCUGGAGUUAGUGUACCAGAUGCUCUAUCAAGUCUUUCAGUAGUUAAAGAAGGUUACGGUGACAUGGCUGUAUCUAACGCAAUCGGAAGUAACGUGUUUGACAUAUUAGUAUGCUUAGGACUUCCGUGGUUUUUGCAAACUGCUAUAUUUAAUCCAGGGAGUACUGUAAAAGUGUAUAGUAAAGGUUUAACUUAUUGCACGUUAACACUUCUAUCGACCGUAGUAUUUUUGUUAGUGGCAACGCACAUGAAUGGUUGGAAGUUAGAUAGAAAAUUUGGAGCUGUCCUUAUGUUGUGGUAUUUGAUUUUUAUUGCAAUAGCUAGUUUAUACGAAAUGAAUGGUACUAUGAAUCCACCAAGCUGUUUGACCGACUAUUAAUGUUAUAUUAUAUAAAAUAUUUAAACUAUAGGUUACGUAUAAUUUAUUAAUUUACUUUGGUUUUAAAUAAGUUUGUUUUGUAUUUUUCGUUCAAAAUAAUGUUAUUCUCCUGUCGUGCCUGACAGUUCAGCAUCCUGUGAUUUUUUUGUAUAAGUAAUAUAUUAUAAAGAAAAUAUAUAAUAUUAGGUAUAAUACAUUAAGCUAUUAUACUUAAAUUGCGUAAACGUGUUUUCUGGGAUUAAUGCUGAAUGCUGAUAUUAUCUGGAAUAAUUAUUUUUAAUUGGAAAUAUCAGAAAACUUGUAUGUCAUGAUGUUUUCUUACAAUAACACGCUGUUUUUAUAGUUUCAGU